AUGGGAGGGGGCCAGGGCCCACCAGAUCCCGAGGGCAGGGAAUGCACCGGGGGAGCAAUUCUAGCCAGAUCCUGCCAGGAAUCACCCGCAGCGAUGAAGGACUUCACUGAAAUCACACUGUGCCCCGACAGGCUGGAGCAGAGUAAGACGGAGUUUUGCAAUCCCAUCUUCGAGCCCGAGAGCGAGGGGGCCGGCUGCGCACCCCCCACCCCACACCAGACGGAGGGGGAGAACGGGACCAGCGCUGGAUCCCCCUGGGAUGGCCUUGCUCCCCCCGCAGGCCAGCCGCUCUGGAGCAGGGCGGGCAGGAAGCACAGGCCCGACUGCACCUUCUCCUGGCUGUGCGUAGCGCUGAUGAGUGCCUUGCUCUUGCUGCUCCUCGCCUUGCUGCUGGGGCUCAUCAUCUCCCAGCUGCAGUCCUCACGCCCGGCCGGACCCUCCUCUGCGACUGCAUCCGCCCACCACCACGCCGCCACCACCACGGCACCUGCUGGCACAGCCGAGCCCAUGGCCACCGAGCCACCGAGAGAGCCGCCCCCAGCCACUACAUCAGAGCCCUCCUGUGGGGGGACCCUGCAGGGCCCCGAGGGCUCCCUCAGCUCCCCCAGGUACCCUGCCCCCUACCCACCCAACACCCUGUGCAUCUGGCGCAUCCAGGUGGAGGUCGGGCUGGCCAUCCAGCUGAAGAUCGAGUCGCUCAGCCUGGAAGGCACGAGGUGGUGCCUCUUCGACCGGGUGGAGCUGUACGAGGAGCUGGGGGCGGCCAGCGGCUCCCCUUGGGGAGGGACAUCCAGGUUUUGUGGGGACGUAGCGCCCCCGACAAUCAACACCAACUCCAACCGGCUGCGCGUCACCUUCGUCUCAGACAACAGCGUGGGUGCCCUGGGGUUCACCGCCCACUACCGUGCCAUCCUGCCCAGUGACAAGAGCUGUGCCUGGGACGAGUUUUUCUGCGACCAGGGGCUCUGCCUCCGCCCGGGCCUUGUCUGUGACGGCUUCCACGACUGCACAGACAAGAGCGACGAAGCCAACUGCAGCUCGAGACACAAAGAAUGCGGUGGGUCGUUGACCAGCUUGGAGGGGCAGUUCUCCACCCCCAGCCACCCCCAGCCGUACCCGCAUCAGCAGCUGUGUCUCUGGCAGAUCGCCGUGCCCGUGGGCCAUGUGAUCGAUCUGCAAUUCCACAACUUCAGCCUGGAGUCGCAGGAGGACUGCACCUUCGACUUUGUGGAGGUGCACGACAGUGCAGGCACGGACGCCCCCAGCCUCCUGGGCAGGUUCUGUGGCUCCCAACUGCCGCCCGUCCUGACCUCCUCACGACACGUCAUGACCGUCCUGUUCAUGGCAGAUGAGGGCGUGGCGGAGGACGGGUUCUUUGCCACCUACCGUGCCCGGAACGCCACGGAAAAAACAUGCAGCCCCUCGGAGUUCUCCUGCAGCAACGGGGAAUGUCAGGCGCGGGAGUCGGUGUGUGAUGGCUGGCACGACUGCCCGGAUGGGAGCGAUGAAUUCAACUGCACGAGUGUCUCACCCCCCUCCUUUGAGUCCUCCUGCCAGCAGAUCCAAGUGGAGAUGUGCUUGGGCCUCAGCUACAACACCACCUCCUUCCCCAACAUCUGGCUGACCAUCCCAGACCAGCAGGGGGCGGCCACCAUGCUCCGAGACUACAAGGUGAGCCCAGCACAGGGGGCCGCGGGGGAGACUGCGCUGCCCAGCUCGGGAUUUGUCAGCUGGGUGGGAAGGAAACCCAGUGGGAAGCGAGCAGGCUGGGUGGAGAAUUGGCUUUGGGUGGAAGGAGGGGGCAUAGGGUAUCCAGGGGAAAUGCACCCAUAA